AUGCAAGAUUUAUGUAAUUCUUCUCUAACCCUUGCUAAGGCAAUGCUGUUGCAAGACCUGGGCCCAGGGGGUAGUGAUUCAAUCUCAAUCUCAUCAAUGGCAGCCGCAGCAGGCACCAGUGAAGUGCAAGGACUUGGCAUGGAGGAAUUCCAUGGGUGCACCCUCCUCCAUCUUGCUUGUGAAACUGCAGAUAUUUGGAUGAUUGAGCUGCUCUUACAGUAUGGUGUAGCUGCGCUUUCUGGAAAUAGAAACUUUGAAUUGCGUGUUCACCCACUAACAAGAGCCAAUUACUUGGCUUCACCUCCCUUGGUUGUAGCUUACGCACUUUCGGCACGGUCGAAAUCGACUUCGAAAACGAACCAACGGGAGCACAAAGGACGUAAAGAAUGCCUACUUUAG